AAGUACCCACUAGAUCACGUACAUUAUCCCCUAAACCCUUUUCCUCCCAUGAGUGCUUGCUACGCUGUUAUCGAUUUGCUUCCACAAACAAACCCCUAUACAUAUUAUACUCGAUCAGCCAACCUCUGUAAACUGGAGUCUCUCUAGCUCUCUAAUUCUUAUCAAUGGCGAAGGUCGUCGUCAUUUUCGAUUUCGACAAGACGAUCAUCGACUGUGACAGCGACAACUGGGUUGUGGAAGAGUUGGGUAUGAACCAUUUGUUCACUCAGCUCCUCCAAAAUUUGCCUUGGAACUCUCUUAUGGAUAGGAUGAUGACAGAACUUCACAAUAGGGGAAAGAAGAUUGAGGACAUUGAAGAGUGUUUGAAGAAGGUUCCACUGCAUCCCAGCAUUGCCUCCGCAAUCAAAUCAGCCCAUGCUUUUGGGUGUGAUUUGAGGGUUGUGAGUGAUGCAAAUAUGUUUUUCAUAGAGACAGUCUUGAAACAUCAUGGACUACUGGACUAUUUUUCGGAAAUCAACACCAACCCUAGCCUUGUUGAUGAACAAGGCAGGCUCAGAAUCUUCCCCUACCAUGAUUUCAACUCGUCAUCUCAUGGCUGCAGGAUAUGCCCUUCCAAUAUGUGCAAGGGGCUGGUGAUGGAGAAGAUCCGAGCUUUGGUUUUGGCAGAAAAGAAGCAGUUGAUCUAUGUUGGCGAUGGAGCUCCUGAUUUUUGUGCAGGCCUGAAACUUAACGAAGGGGAUGUCCUGAUGCCAAGGAAGAACUUUCCCAUCUAUGAUUUAAUAUCUGCCAAUCCAUUGCUUAUCGAGGCAAAAAUUCAUGAAUGGAGCGACUGGGACGAGCUUGGUACUAAUUUGCUAAACACACUGAACAAUUCCCUUAUUGAUAAGUCUAGCAAUGCGGAAACUGAUCAGUUGGUUCCACUCGACUGCAAGCACCAAAACACUUCGAUAUCUGCUAGUAGUGCCCAUGAAGCGCCUAAAAAAGCUCUCCCAGUCUCACCUCCCCACUAGUUGAGAUUUUUAUCUCAGCUAAGUUGAGCAAUGGAUUUCCCUGCUCAUUGGCUGCAAUGGUUGUCGUUACCAUUAGUGCUCGAUAAUAGUUACAUCUGCACUAUGAUAGUAUGACGAAUGAAAUCGUAUUGCCGUUGUCAUUUGCUAAACUCUUCAACUAAUAGCAAUACUUGACAGAGUUAAAUAUGUACUAGGAUGAAUCUCACUUGCUGUUUAACACCU